GAAUCACAAAAAAGCUUUGGUUUUCCUGUGAUAGCGUAAGCUUACUAUGUAUUAUUCAGAUAGACAAAUCAACGUGCCGGGUAUUUGAUAUGUGAAACAUCUGAAAAUUUCCCCUCUAAAAAUUACGAGAAAAUCCAUGAGUGAUAGAUAUAUAGACCCAUAGAUUGUUAUAAAAAGGAAAUCAGUGCUCGAAAUCUUCUUUAAAAUAUUGAUAAUUGUGUGUGAUCAAACAUUCCCAGUAGAAUCUUCAAAUUCAUUUACCGCAGAUAGUAUAAGAAUAGCAUACUAGAGAUAGGUCAACUGCUAUAAUGAUGUAUAAAAUUAUUCAAACAGUUUUUAGCAUUUUUUUCUUUCUCUCAAUAAAUGGAAUAAUAAUUCAUACACAAGCUGCAGCGGAUUUGGACGUAGUUGACACCAGAUGCAAGAAGCAGGUUAUCACAAGGACCUAUGAUUACGAGGAGUUUUUCAAAUUUUCUAAUGAAAAUUAUAAAAACGGCACUCUGCAUUUGACGUUCAGAGUGUUGGCUGCAAGUAAUGCACACAUCGUCUUCACUAAUAAGCCUUUCACCUCGUUGGAUCAAGACAAUGUGAAAGGCUAUGAAAUUGUUUUGGGAGCUGGUGGAAAUACAUACUGCGAAAUACGUCGCUUUAAUAAUUCUUUGGACAACUAUACUGAAAUUACUUCACUUGAUAUUGACGGUCUACUGUCGCUUAGUGAAGUGCGAGAAUUUACGAUAUCAAUUUCACAAAAUAGGGCAAUUUACAUACGAAAAAAUAAUGACACUAUUCCUUUUAUUUUCAAAAAAGAUCCGGACCCAAUAAUGGACUUGGGUUAUUUUGGAUUUUCAACUUGGUAUUCUGUGGAUGGUGUAUGGAACUUUGAUUGUCACGGUGAUGGUUCAACCACUUAUGAUCCAUCAUUUUCGUUGACUGAAUCACUCAGGAAUAAGCUGUUGAUGAGCUAUGAUCGUUUUAGCAUACCAUUCAAUAUCAGUGAUGAUUGGACACCAAUCAAUAUUAGUUUCAAUCCUUAUCAUGCAAAACUGGAUCCAAAACAUGGACAAAUAACUUUGGUUGGAAAAUUCAUGUUGGCUUGGGUAGAUGAAAAAUUGAAAUGGGAUCCAGCCAGCUACGGUAAUAUAACUUCAUUGCAGCUCAUGCAUGGAGAGAUUUGGAGCCCAGAGCUGGUCCUUUACAAUGCUGUUGGCCAUGGGGUUAAUCGAAUGAUUGGACCUAGUGGAAUAGUAGUUUCCAAUAUGGGCAAAGUAUACUGGAACCCGAAUUCUAGGCUCCACGCCCAAUGCCCAUUGAAACACGAUUCAUCGUUAAAGGAGAAUCAUAAAUGUGAAAUACAACUAGGACUGUGGGCGACUCAAAACAUUUUCAGAUUUGUUUGGAUCAAUGACACCUCACAGGGAAAUAUGCCUAUUCAGCCCUCUCAACAGCCGUGGUUGAUGGAAGACAACUUAAAUGUAACUUCCAAGUGUUCUGGAACUCGAUGUCAUGAUGACAAAGGGAACAAUGAUUUUAUCAUUAAUGGCAGGAUAAACAGCAACACACUACUAGUUCUAGCAAUUACAGUGAAGGCCAACGAUGAUAGUUUAUAUUUAUCAAUCGUUAAAUUUCCUGUGAUCGUUCUAACUAUCCUAUUUCUAUCGAGUUGUUGGAUGUCAUCUUGGAAUGAAUUCAGGAGUUGCUUAAUGCUCUCAGCUGCUCUUCUGAUGACUGCAUUCUACAGAAUGAUAACUGUUCUACACUCAAGAGACUAUCACAUUCUUGAUAUAACUUACGGGGUUUUUGCAUCAUGGAUCACACUUGGUACAGGAGCAUUAAUAUUUGCAAAUUAUCUGAAAUCAUGUAGUGGAAGUCGUAAGCCCAACACAUUGGUGCUUAACUUUGUAGAGUUCAAACUUGUUCAAAAAAUGCUUACUCUGCCUGAGGAUACUUCUGAGAGCUAUGAACUGAACAAAUUAACUGGAGAGGAAUAUUUCGGUGAGCAUGGAGAAGACACUUAUGCACGGCAAUGGGAAUCAAUUUCCAUAUUGAUUAGAAGACUUACAUUUUAUGCUUCAUUAGUCUGUGUUAUUUGGUAUUGGCAGUACAAGUUCUAAUAAAUCCAAGAAAAAGUUUUCCAAUCCUUCACAGCUCAUUAGAAUAAAAUUAUAUUCCCAAAACCACACAGAUCUAUUCAAAACAUGUCGUGAUUUAUUUUGAAACUAUUCAUAUUCGGUUUUUAAUUAUAUUAUCAAAUUUUUCAUUGAAA